AGCUGCGCAUAGCCUGGUUUCUGUGAAAAUGUCAUAUUACUUUCAUAACAAAUGUUUCGCACACACAAGCCGUAGACAUGACUGUGGAAGAGCUAUGCUGUGCCAUGAACAUACAUCCAAUUUUCUGUAGGCCUACUGAAAUACUAUAACACUCUUUAAUUUGUAUAAAUGUUGUAGGCGGGAUGAAUUUUACUUUCAGUUUUACAGUACAACAGUCGCCCAGGAGUUAACCGGAGUAUUUCGAUUUCCUUGGGUUGUUAAACGCAAAAGCAACUGUCAAUUCUUACACGUUAAGUUUACACGGUAAACAUGGAGGAGGGCUUGGGGAAUACUCUACCCUUCAAGUAUCCAUUCUCUGACUUUCUGUUCACUGUUGUUGGCUUGUUUUGCUUUGUUCUGGACAUGGUUCUUGACGUGUGGGCUGUGGCUUCAUUUUAUCUGGAAGGGGAAUACGUUUACAUGGGAAUGCUAGUGUUUCUACUGCUGGGCUCGUCGCUCCUUGUUCAGGCUUUCAGCUUGCUGUGGUACCUCUGUGACAAGGACGGGACAGAGACGAGGACUGGUGGCCUCGUCAAGAAUCUGCGCUCUCUGAAGAUUCUUCAUGUGUUCCAGAUGGGAGUCUUUGUCAGAUAUGCUGGUGUGGUGAGCGUCUCGAUUUGUGGCUUCUGCUAUAAAAAGCGCUACAUGGAGGGCGACGCCGUCUUUCUAAGCCAUGAUCUGAGCCUACUGCGCCUUUUUGAGACGUUUUCCGAGAGCGCCCCACAGCUGGUUCUCAUGGUCACCAUCAUCAUCGGGGAAGGAUCGGUGGAUCUCAUCACAAUCCUGAAGGCGAUUGGCUCAGCGUCGGCCAUCUCUGUCAGUGUGACAAUGUACCACCGCUCUCUACGUUCCUUCCUCCCAUCCAAGGCCAAGCAGGGCUGGCUCUCCUCUGUGGUCUACUUCCUGUGGAACCUGCUCCUGAUUGGACCGCGUGUGGCGGCGGUCAGUCUCUUCGCCUCUGCCUUUCCCUGCUACAUCGCUGCCCACUUCCUGUGUUCCUGGAUGGUUCUAUUUCUCUUUGCCUCUCAACUUAAUACAGAUUUAAUGGAUAGUAUUGGUGGAGAACGGCUCUACCAGGCCACCAUAGGUCUAAUCUGGUAUUUCAGCUGGUUCCAUGUGACGAGGGGAACCAGCAGGUGGAUAAGCACCAUCUACCACACCUGGAUUGCAGUGGAUAUUGUGAUACUUUGUGGUCUUUGGAUUUGGCAGACGAAGGAAAGCCCUCCUUAUUUUGACCUGCCACUAGAACCCUGUGUUAUCUUUGUUGUGAAUAUGUUGCUCUACUUCUCUGGGCUUGGUCUUAAAGUGAUAUACUACAAGUACUGUCAUCCGAAAUGUACACUGCAGAUAGAACCAGAUACUGACUCCCAAGAGGGGGAGGAUGAAGUGGACUUCCGCUGCAUGGUUUCAAGCCAGCCAAAACCAUCCGCCAGGGUCAAUAAGAGAAUGAGGAACUUAGCUGAAACCUUCUACUCAUGAUCUGGAGCAGCUGAUGCUUUAUAAAGACACUGAACAUUUCACAUUGGCCUUAACAUUGCAGACAGAUGUCUGCCGACUGAGUAAUCUACAUACAAAUACCCCAGCAUUACUACGAACUACUGACUAUCAUUUUGCAGACAGGCCAGUUUAACCUGAAGUGUCUGUUGAUGUGGAAACUACAUUCACGUGACUGGAAACUCAGUUCUCUUUCACACCGUUAAAGCUUUUGAGAAGGUUGGAAGAAAGGUUGAAACCUUCAAUCUCAGGAAUUUAAUCACUAUUGAAUGUAUAUAUUUUUUUUUUACAAGACAGGGACAGCAAAACUAGGUGGUCCCGUUUGGCAUCGUUGCCACUUUGAUGAAUGAGGUUUACAGAGAUGUUCGCUCAAUGUUAUUGAUGCAAGCACUACAACCAAUAGAUUGGAAAUGAAACAAGGCACCUUCUUUGUAUUUUAUUUGUAUGCACAUUGUCACUAGUGUACUGACUGAACACAGGAAACCUUACUGGGACCUCAACAGUUUUCCGGUCCCAUAAAAAC